UAUUAUUCUUAAAAUCAUUCUAACCUGCAACCAGCUCCAGCCGCACAAUCCAUUCAUUCAGUGAGCGAGAAAGUGAGAAGAUGCGGGCACCAAUUUUCAUUUUCAUAUAAAAGAAGAAUCAUCAUCUGUAUAGAUUACUAGUUAUUUACUAAACAGACAAAUGGGUUUCAGAGUAUUAGGAGUUUCUCUUCUUAUCUUCAUCUAUCUCAUUAAUCUUGCUCCUGCAUAUCCUCUUCAAAACAAAUUGUUUUCAGAAUUUGUGCAGAAUAGCAAGUACGAAGAUAUGGGAAUAUAUGAAAGUAAGAUAGAAGGAGGUGCUGGUCAUGGAGGCAGUUCACAUGGAAAUGGAAAUUCAAGAUCACCUGAAACACGAGGAGGAGGUGCAGCAGUUAUACCCGUUUAUGCAGCAGGUGCUGCAAACAAAAAUCACCAACAUCAGACCCGUCAUGGUGCUGCAAACUGCAACCUUAAUAAAAUCAGAUUUUCCAACAUGCUUAUGAUCAUCUUGGUCUAUCCUCUCUCAUUUUUGUUGAUGUAGAAAGCACAAAAAAUCAGUUCAUUGUAUAUUAUGUAACAACUGUUACAGGUUCUUUCGAGGAAAGUGGUGUGGUCUAGUGAUUUUUUUUUUUAGUUUAAAUCUACGACACAAUUUGCAGAAUGUACCAUGUUGAUGAAUAAAACUUGAUAUGAAUUGCGAGGAAUAUGUUCAAUA